AUGGCUUCCAAAACAACUGCCUCCCUUAGUCUCUUCCUUGCACUCAAUCUCCUCUUCUUUGCUCUUGUAAGUUCUUGUGGCACGUGCCCCGGUCCUAACCCGAGACCAAGGCCAAACCCAAGGCCAAGCCCCACCCCUUCCACACCUUCCACACCUUCCACAGGCACCAGAUGCCCUAGAGAUACUCUCAAAUUAGGGGUUUGUGCUAAUGUUCUCAAUGGGUUGCUUAACAUCACCAUUGGUAAACCUCCUGUAGCGCCUUGCUGCAGUCUCAUCCAAGGCCUUGCUGAUGUUGAAGCUGCUGUGUGCCUCUGCACUGCCAUCAAAGCCAACAUUUUGGGCAUCAACCUCAACAUUCCAAUUUCUCUCAGCUUGCUUCUUAAUGUUUGCGGCAAUAAGGCAUCAUUUGCUGAACCUGAUCCUGAUCCCUUCCUAGAAGCCCCAAAAAAAGAGGGGCAGUAA